UUUUAUGGCAGUUUUGCAGAGGUAAACAAUCACACGCUGGUAUGUUGUUAAAUACGGACCUUACGGAUAGCUAUCAUUGUGGUUAAUUUACAAUGCAAGCUAUUGAAAAUAAAAACCGUGACUAUGGAGCAAAGGAAAAAGGGAGUCCUGAUAAGGAGGAUAGGAAAGAAGGUCGCAAGGGUCGAAAGCCUGGUAGAAAGUCGGCUAAGAUUGAUAUGAAGGCUAAAUUGGAGCGAAGUCGACAGAGUGCGAGGGAAUGUAGAGCUCGGAAGAAGAUUCGCUACCAGUACUUAGAUGAGCUGGUUGCGGACAGGGAAAAAGCAGUCUUGCAACUUAGAAAGGAACUGGAAGUGUAUACUCAGUGGGCCAGGGCCCUUGAUGAAGGUCACAUUCCUGAAGCUGCCUUGAAGAUGGUCGAGGAAGAGAAGAGGAAAGAAAGAGAACGUCUUGUGGAUAUGGACACCAAUCGUCAGUAGUUCUACUUCUAUAGAGAAAAUUUCAUCCGCAGGCAAAAAGGAGUCAACACCAGUUGAAUAUACAUUUUACUUUUGAGUUACAUUUUAAGUGCAGCAUUUAGGAAGUUAGUGCUCUUGUUGCGCUAUCUAGCAAUUUCAUUCAGAAAGAGCAAAAAGUGUGUUAAAGAUAUUGAAUCUUAUGAUACAAUAUUUUAUCUUUUAACUUGUUGGAUUUAUUUGAGAGCCGAAUUUUAAUCAAAAUAAUUGUAUAUAUUUGCUUUAAACAUGUGAUACAAUUACUGAGUAAUAAUCUCAGCUAUUUUAUUAUUCAGAUUUCAAUAAAUAAUUGAGAUUUUUAGACUAAGUCACAUAAUGCAUUGGAUUUAUUUCCAUUCUUUUGUAAAUAGUUGUUGAUUUAGUAGUCUGUGUUAAUGUGUUGAAAUUUGUUUUAUUUUAAGAAUAUUUUUCUUAACCCUGUUCAUUUUUUAAAAAAAUAUAAGAAAAAAUUUAUGUUUUGUUAGUUCUUUAUUCUAUGAAACUUGAAUUAAUUGUGUUUCAUUAUUAAAACAUUCACUUGUAUUAAAUAUACUUCUCAGAUUUUGUAAUUUUCUUGUUUUCACCUUGACUUUUUUUCUUAAAACAUUUAACCAAAUUCAUUUCCAAAGAUUUUCCCAGUACUACUUGUUAAGUUUUUGAAAAAUUUCUGUCAUUGUAUAUCAAUCAAACAAUGGUGUUGAUUUUUCCGAUUUUAUGAAAGGGAAGUUUGAAUCUGCUUAAUAUAUCCCUAUUGUUGAAUAAAAUGGAUAUUAAAAUGCUA